UACGUCCCACCGAUUGGUCCCCCAUAUCCACUUUGUACCUACAUCCAUCCCAAUACCUUACCACAGCCUUUCCCACUAGGCACUCACUUACACACCCACUUCCAAUAAUAAUAAAUAUAUCUUUUUUAACCUCCCACAUCUUCCUCUUCUCUUCCUGUUCCCCUCUUAAACCCCCCCAACCUCGUCGUCGUUCACCCAUUCGAUACUCCUUUUUAUCGAUCUCCUGGGGGCCCUUGCUGAUUCAACCCUUCCAUCUCAGCAUCGAUCGAUUUGCAGCCAUGGCUUCCGUCUCGACGGACGCCUCAGGGCCUGUUGCCGCCCCGGCAUUUCCUGACGGCACCAAGGACUACAAGCCGUUACGAUCCUCCAAAUACGACUUGAAGAAACCGCAUAUCACAGAACUUCCUAUCACCUGGAGCAACUGGUACAAGCAUGUAAACUGGCUCAACACUACCUUCAUUCUCUUCAUUCCUUUAGCUGGAUUAAUCAGCACAUACUGGAUCGACCUCCAGUUGAAGACGGCCCUCUUUUCCAUCUUCUACUAUUUCAAUGCCGGUCUCGGUAUCACAGCCGGGUAUCACCGACUUUGGUCUCACAGCUCGUACAGAGCUUCGCUCCUCAUUAAGAUCUACCUCGCUGCUAUGGGAGCUGCCGCUGUUCAAGGUUCUAUUCGAUGGUGGUCAAGGGGUCACCGUGCUCACCACCGCUAUACGGAUACCGAGAAGGACCCCUACUCCGUCCGCAAGGGUCUCCUGUACUCCCACAUCGGCUGGAUGGUCAUGAAACAGAACCCUAAGCGAAUUGGCCGAACAGAUAUCUCUGAUCUCAACGAUGACCCGGUUGUCGUCUGGCAGCACAAGCACUACAUCAAGUGCGUCAUCACCAUGUCUCUCGUUUUGCCGACUCUUGUCUGCGGUCUCGGCUGGGGCGACUGGUGGGGUGGAUUCAUUUAUGCUGGUAUCAUCCGAAUCUUCUUCAUCCAGCAAGCUACUUUCUGCGUGAACUCCCUUGCCCACUGGCUCGGCGACCAGCCUUUUGACGACCGCAACUCUCCCCGAGACCACGUCAUUACUGCACUUGUCACCCUUGGUGAAGGUUACCACAACUUCCACCACGAGUUCCCGUCCGACUACCGUAACGCCAUUGAGUGGUGGCAGUACGACCCGACCAAGUGGAGCAUCUGGGCUUGGAAGAAACUCGGUCUUGCCUACAAUCUGAAGACAUUCCGCGAGAACGAAAUCGAGAAAGGCCGUCUCCAGCAGAUACAGAAGAAGCUCGACCAGAAGCGAGCUAAGCUAGACUGGGGUGUUCCUCUUGAGCAGCUACCUGUUAUGGACUGGGACGACUACGUUAGCGAGUCUAAGAACGGCAAGGCUCUGGUCGCUGUUGCUGGUGUUAUUCACGAUGUCACCGACUUCAUCAAGGACCAUCCUGGUGGAAAGGCUUUAAUUUCGUCUGCCAUCGGAAAGGACGCUACUGCUAUCUUCAAUGGUGGAGUGUACGACCACUCGAAUGCUGCCCACAACCUUCUUUCUACUAUGCGCGUCGGUGUUCUUCGAGGAGGCUGCGAAGUCGAAAUCUGGAAGAAGGCGAAUAUGGAGAAGGAGGGAGGGUUUGUGACUGACUCAUCCGGUCGACGAAUUGUCCGGGCUGGGGAUCAAGUUACGCGGAUCGCUCAGCCUCUUGUCGGUGCCAAUGCGGCUUAAUUGAUCGACGCGUGGGGUUGAUAAAAUUUUAGAUUAGGUUCGGAAGAAUCGAGUCGCUUCGAACUAGGAAGGCUAUAAUGUGGGAGGUGGUAAUAAAAUACUACGAACACGGCUAUUCCUAGUUAUCGAGAGACGAUGGCCUUGAUCGGAAAUUUGUGUACAUAAAAAAGGCCACGAGGCAUAUAGCAUGUUGAGGCAACUCGUCCUCCGGCGUUCAGAGGAAAUGGGUGAAAAGGGGCUCACGUUACUAUGUAAUUAGGUGGGCGUUGGCGUAUCACUUACGACAGACUGAAUGAUUAAAAAUUUGGACCAAAAAAAAAAGCAAUACGUUUAGUGCAUUAAACAUUGCAUGCGGAUGGGUUUUUUGUUGUUACUUUCUUGAUUCGCUGGUGAUGAUAAUUAGUAUGAACUUGAAGCUUCGUGAUUGUUUCUCGACUACUAGCUAGUUGUAUAGUAAUAGGAAUGUAUAAUAUUAAUCAGAACAAGGUUUUGAGUUA